AUGGUCAGAAAUAAAAACGAGUUGAGUUGCGUAUAUGUGGACUCUGUGGAACCGAGCGUUGUCCUCGGCAUCCUCAUCAUCGUCAGCAUCAUCGAAGUCAUCAACGACAUCCUUACCGUCAGCAUCAGCAUCGACAUCCCCUCUUCACCCAUCACCGCAGGCAGCAGUUUCUACGAGCUGAGCCGGCAAUUCGUCAACUCCAAUCAUCCACACAAGGCCACAGCAAGCAAGCUCCGCUACUUAGCUGUCACCUUUUCAUGGUCCAUCUCGCAAACAUCGAAUCAUCGCCCUAUUCCAAAAAGAAAUAUCGCUAUGGGGCAAUACGCUCGGCUCUACAAAACAUUGCUUAAAGACGAGGCCAUAAAUUUGGAAUACUCCCGAGUCCUUCAAGAGUACAUUGACCUAGGUCACAUGACAGAAGUUCCACCCAUGGAAAUCAUUCAGAAAAAUCAAUAUCUCUCGUUUUACCUUCCUCACCAUGCGGUCGUCCGGCCCGAAAGCCCCGUCCUCCAAGGGGACCUUUUAGGCAUCUUACUCAAUUGGAGACUGUACAAAUUCGUGUUUAACGGCGACAUUGAAAAAAUGUACAGGCAAAUUUUAGUCCAUCCGGACGAUCGCCCAUUCCAGCGUCUGAUAUUCCGUCCCAAACAAUCAGCAAUCAUGAAAGAUUUCCAGCUGAAUACGGUCACAUUCGGGGUAAACUGCGCUCCAUUCCUAGCAAUUCGCACGCUGCAACAGCUGGCUACGGACUGCAAAGAAAAAUACCCAAGGACAAGCCAAAUCCUGCUCCAGGAAACUUAUGUCGACGACAUACUUGCCGGUGCUCACACUCUCGAGGACGCAAAAAAUGCCCAAAGCCAACUUAUUGCGUCGCUAAAAUCCGCAGGAUUUCUCCUCAAAAAGAACACUGCAAAUCACAUCAAGCUGUUGGAGAAUAUAGCUGUUGCAGACCGGCUAGAUACCGAAUUUUUGGAGGUGCCCGAAGCAACACUCUUCUUCAUGCUCAAAACCAGCUGA